AUGCCUAAGCGCAAGUAUGAUGGAGAUGUGCCUUCACAUCGCCAGCUGCGAGCCGCCUCUUUCUCGGAACGCUGUCAUCGCACUGUCGCGCAAAUCGCUACGGGCUCAAUUGGUAUACAUCGCGUCGCACCUCGACGUGCGAGCCUCCUUGGUCUGCCUCGAGAGAUACGGGAUCUCAUCUACUCCUACAUUCCGCACGAAAUAAGUUGCGUUCCCGAGAAACUGCAAUCACGUCGAGUUCGCUAUCCUCAUGAUGCCAGCCCAUACACCAACGACUCUCCCGCGCCAGCCAUGUACGAGGGUGUGUCGAUCGGGUCUCAAGUUGUUGACGAGCUCGCCCAGCUUUCGAGGGCGAAAAGUCGGCACAUUCAUCCUAUGUUCAGCAUUUGCCAGCAACUCAGAAAGGAGUAUCUCGAGUUCUUUCAUCGCCGCAACUUCCAAGCUCAACGAAUGCACUUCUUAGUCCGUGCAUUCAACUUCAAGACAGUCAUUCAGGUCAUCAAGAAAUGGCGCCCUGCGCAUGUUGUAAUCGAGCUUUGUGACGACUACUACUGGCAAGAAGGCGCCGAGCGCAAUCUUCGACAGUGGUAUCAAAGCUGCAGACCUUCGAGUCUCGCUCGGCUUGGCCAUGCUGAAAUCGAUGGCCACCACUUCAGGCUCACAUAUCAGCGUGAGCUGAGAUAUCACUCCCCAUCCCUCUUGGCGCGAGGAAGAAAACGUCAAUAUGAUAUGCUCCGAGACAUUUUGCGGCCUAAAGAUCUCUCACUGAUGGCGCAAACGCGUUCUGAAAGAAUCACUCGCCAAGCCAUAGUGAGACAUAUCGCUAAGGCUAUUGACUGGAUUGAUACGCACAACGGCAACAAGGUACAGGCAUGGAAAGGCUGUAUCAAAGCUGCUAGACGCGACGUCAAAAUUGCCAAGGAAAACAGCCCGUUCUCUGGACUCAUGAACACCAGCAAAUUGUUGGGCAGAAAGAGAGACUUCGAGGACAUGGAAGCAGGUGGUCGAGCUGAUCCACUAGAUGCAAAAAUGCGAGCUUUGGCUAAGAGAUGGGCAAUGCGCCAAGUUCAGCCAACCUUGACACAUGACCGUGCUGCUGAGGCAAGAGCAACCAGCGAGAUCUCGGGCAAUGCGAAGAGCAGAGAGUACCCUGCGAAACAGGUGAACGUUGAAACAGGGAAGAUCAUGGAGAUUCAGACCCAGAAGGACGCCAAGCUGGACAACAUGCUGGAAGAGCUGGGCAAAAUGAACCUGAAGGGUUCGGGAAGUGAACGAAUCGGUGCUGCUGGUACCGACGUGGCAGACGAGAUGGAAGUCGAGCCCAAGGAAGUGGUCAACGAGAAGGACUUGUUGGCUAUGGAUCUGAAGAUCGUGAUAGAGCAGAUGUCCAAGCUCAAGUUGUGCCCGACCAUUUUGCUUGCCGGAGACGUCCUCACUACGGGAUCCACUGCAACCACAAGACACCUUCGUCCCGGAAGACCAUCCUUAUGUCAUGCUGCAUUGCUUCGCACUCCAUACGCCAGAUGGGAAGGUCGCGGAUACUGGACCAAUUCUCUCCGCACGCCAGCUGGUGUCUUUGACACAUCGUUGCGGAGGAAGGAAGGUCUUCCUCCCGAAGCAAAGAUACCGCUGACCACAGAGUUCAAGGAAGUUGGUACCUGGUUACAACUGCCACAAGCAUCAAUCACGCCAUUCCUCUAUGUUACCGGAACACCGUUUGGAAUACCUUACCAAACGACAUCCGCAAUCGGCAACAUGGCUUCUGACGACGCUUCUUCGAAGGGCUCCCAGCAACCCAUCGAUGUUGCUGUAGAUAUGGUUGCUCUCGAGGCUCAGCGGUCUAACGCGACUGAAUCUACCAAGGCCACAGCAGACCCCAUAUUCGGAGAGGGCGAGAUCAACUAUAACAAU